AUGCCUGCACCCAAUAUCGAAGCUCAAGUCAAUAGCAGUACCGGAGCAAUCAGUACUCACGAAGAACAUGUGGAUGCAGAACGCUUGGUGGAAGACUUGCGGUCCAUCAAGCGAGUGCUCACAAGGAUUGCCAUGGACUUGCUUCAAAAGCGUGAGCCGUCCACUCGCCCACCAUACGCGCUUCUCAAUGAGGAACUUUUUCAACAGAUCAGGGCGGCAUGCAGAUUCGAUCUUCAGAGGAAGUUUUUGAGGCUUCGACAAAUAGCAGAUGGGCUAAAUCAAGGCAUUGUGCCCAAUAAGUGGAAACUGAAGUUGGAUUAUUUAAUAGCCGUUGCAAAGCAGAAGCAACCGGACCUCGACCCCGUGCACGGCUGCAUCCAGUUGUUUGAAAAAGAUCUUGAGGGGAUCGAGACGACUGUAUCCAAGGUUAGGAAAGAAUUGCGGGAAUCGAGACGAGUGUGUCCAAGCUGA